GGGGUCUCGCGACCGUGCAGCGGCAGCGAGCGGAGCGAGUAGACGGUGGGGGAGGGUCACGUGUGUACACAGUGCGGGGCUCCGCAGCCCACCAGCAGUAGUAAAAACGGAGCGGACGGCCCCUUUCCACAACAAGCCUCGCCGAAAAGUUUCUGGCCGGAGAGCGACUCAGCCGAAAGGGAGACGGACCGUCGGUUUUGCUGUUGUUUUUGUUGUUGGAGCGCGCGGAGGGACGAGGCGACUCUUUCACAAAUGAAAGCGCGUAGAAGCGCCAGUGGGAACGCUCCAUCCGAACACUAUGCCUCCGUAGGUUCGUCCCCGUGCCAAACGUGUACGCUUCUGUCGACCUGUUGAGUGUUUGAUCUGUGUCAGAGGUCAGCAAUGUGGAUCUGCAUGCUUCACAACGAGACGGACAGCAGCGUGGACGUCCGGCUCUGCCAGGACUUUGGCCUCAUCCUCUCAGUCUUCUCCCUCAUCUACCUCCUGGUCUGCUUCCCGCUGGGGCUGUGCUACAACGUGCUGCUCGUCGUGGUCAACCUCUCCAACAAGGUGUCCAUGACCAUGCCGGAUGUGUAUUUCGUCAACAUGGCCAUCGCGGGCCUGGUGCUCAACCUGGUGGCCCCCGUGGAGCUGCUGAGCUCCACCUUCACCCGCUGGCACGCCUGGGAGUACAACAACGAGGUCUACAUCACCCUGCUCAUCCUCUUCAACAUCUCCUCCCUGGUCACCAUGUACUCCACCACCCUGCUCAGCCUGGACUACUACAUCGAGAGGGCGCUCCCGCGCACGUACAUGUCCAGCGUGUACAACACCAAGCACGUGUGCGGCUUCAUCUGGGGCGGCGCCGUGCUCACCAGCUUCUCGUCGCUGCUGUUCUACGUGUGCAACCACAUCUCCACCAAGAUGGUGGAGUGCUCCAAGAUGCAGAACAAGGAGGCGGCGGACGCCAUCAUGAUGUUCAUCGGCUACGUGGUUCCGGCUGUGGCUGUGCUUUACGCCUUCGUGCUCAUCUUACGCAUCCGGAAGGAGUCCACGCCUCUGGACCAGGACUCCGCCCGCUUGGACCCCUCCAUCCACCGGCUGCUGCUGGCGUCGGUCUGUGUCCAGUUUGUGCUGUGGACUCCGUACUACAUGACCCUGUUGGUGGACACUAUCGCCGGUGCGCCCGGGCACAUUAGCAACGCACAUUACCUACCUUCCUAUUACUUCCUAACGUGCGUAUCGAAGCUGUUGGCUUUCUCCAGCAGUUUUGCGAUGCCGCUCAUGUACAAGCAGAUGAACAAGAACUUCUCCAACAAGCUCCAGCGGCUCCUCAGGAGGCUGCGCUGCAGAGACCGGUCUUGCCCUCACGAACGCUCGACAAUGCAGCAAGUGAUGACGUGAGAGCCCCGCGACCCCCCCUCCCACUCGUCCUGUUCCACCUCUCAGUCUGGCCAGCACUUAUACCCCCCCCCCCAAAGGGCCAGUAUCUUCCUGGGCGCCCUCGCUGCUCUGGACUGUGUUAGGAGCAACUGUGGAAUUUCCUGUCACCUCUCAGGACCUGGUCUAAUCUUUCCAGUUCUGCAGUGGGAGGAAUAAUCAAGCAAAACAACCACUAAGUGCUGUUAUUUUUUGUCGCGCAGGGUUGUAGUUUGAGGGCGGUAAACCUGGGACGGGACAAUGAUCCUGUGAUACAAGCUGUAUGCUUCAGCAUACAUGUCAGCCCAUACCUGACUAAUACCACUGUACAGAGUCCAUAUGCGUUUUGAGGUGUUUCCCUUCGGGAAGGUGCUUUUCCCUCACACACGAGCCGAGCCACUAAGCUAUAAACCCUAAUUACCGAGUGAAGCUAAGUUAUUUUUUUCCGCGCCUCGGUUAGUUAAUGAGCGCAGUGAACACCGUAGCGCGAUGUGUUUGGUCUGCCAGCGAAGUAUGUCGCCGUUUACUGCCCUCAAACUACAGGUCUUAAUCACUCGCAUGGGGGAAAAGUUCUGCCUUUUCACCGCCUGAUUUUCCUGUUAUUUAAGUGUGGGGAUAGUGAGUCAACACUAUCCGGCUAAAAAUACUUCACGUUGUAAAGGUGGAGUGCAAUGUUAAUAGUCUUUUAUAGACAUUUUAGCUUAAUUUCUAAAGCUGUUUUUGUAUUGAUGCUAGUGCCCUGUAGCUAGAGUUAAGUACUUGUAUAAAGAGAUGUUUUAUUGUACUUUUCUAAAUUAAGUUCUGAGGUUUCGCUCCACUUUAAUGCAUAAAGAGAUUAUUUUUGCAUAUGCCAAGCUCCACAUGAUUUUACUAUAUAUACACGUAUAUAUACACCACUCUAAUGAAAUCUUAAUGUUUCCAGUAUUCAGGGUUCAGACAUAACCAGUGUACCUCACCUGUUCACCAUAUGCAGUUCAGAUCCACUCACUAAUUUGAGCUGAAGAGCCUCAGCCAGGCUGUGUUUGGCUUCUGUAGGACAUUUGCAUGCAUUUGCGUGCAGAACCUCAUAUAGAGUCAGCGUCAGAGUCAAGUCCAGACAGGGCGUGCAGAGAGGGAUCUGAGGAGGUGGCGUGUGCAUUCCCCGAACUCCGUGCACGCUCCUCAGUGUUUGGAUUGUCCCGUGGAAAUAUGUCGGGAGGCGCCGGGAGACAGAUAGCUGUGAACAGUUUCACGUGGCACAGAGGGAGAACAGUCUUGCUGCUCAGAUGUAUUGAGGUAAUCUGCACAUUAGUGGAUGGAAGCAAGGAUGUUCUUGCAUUAGCUCUGUUCUGAAAACAUACAGUACAGUACAUAUACAGACAUUCAGUACAACUCUAACUUAUAGUUGCACCUUGUGCACAGGUAAUUCCAAAUAAUUGAUCAGAAUCAGUAAAAAUAAUAAUAGACUCUAAGAUUCCACCAGAAUGUACACACUGUACAAGUCUCUUGCAUAUCUUGGUUAAUCAUUAUCUGGAGCAGGUUCAAAGUCCUGAUGCUGCUGAUCAGAAUGCAUACGCUAGUAAAUGGUCCAAUGAUAAAUGCUACGAAUCAAAGCUUAGUUGAAUUAUAAUAGGUAUAAUGGAUUAAAUGUUCAGGAUGUUUUCAACAUGUUUCAUUUUGAAGGUUGACGUCUGUUGUGCAUCUCACAAUAAAUGUCAGAGUCUGGCUUAAGUUGAACUACGUGAAAGACAAUCGUACAGCUUUACAACAUGCUGUGUUGUGUGUGUCGCAUCUAAAUUUGGUUGAAAGAGAAGUGUGUGUUUAACAUGGUGGUUGGUAUGUACAGUAUGUAUGUUUGAGAAAGGUGUUUUCAUAUCUUCACUGCUCAGAAGUCAGGAGUUUGUUGUUCCAGAGGGGCCAUAAUCUCACACCGCUGUGAAGAAAGCUGAGCAACAAUCUCAGUUUACUCAAAUUGCCCAAACAGACCAAAUGUAAAACAACCUUCAGAGUUCUCAUGUGUCACAGAUGCAUUGAGCUGUUCAAAGGGCAGCGUCUCCAAAGCAGCACAUCUGAAAGCUCACUGUCGGAUCUGAUGCUUUUGCAGCUGCGCGUGUGCUGUAAGUGUAUAUGUGUAACAUGAAAUGAUGUGUAUAUAUUGUAUGUGACAGGUUUACACCAAAAGUUACUCAGCUCUUUUAAAAGUACAGUAUUAUUUUCUGAGAGAUGUGAUUUAGAUUUUGUAAGGAAUCUGCUCCAGUUUCAAUCCAGUCGAAGAUUAAACCGCAACUAACACGG